AUCUGGUGUCGGCCACAUCGUCUUCUCUCGCACACCACUUCGGGUGCAAUAAUUUGAACGGUUUGAUGCGUAUAGCGCAUACCUACUAACAUGUUUGCAUAUUCGGUCGACCAUCAGCCCAAAUAAUUCUCAAUUACGGGUGCAGUGUUUCUUUUACCACCGUGCAAGUGUAAAGUAUAAUUCAAUCUUAAUUGUUACAUAACACUGCACAUCACACAGCAAGCGGCAUCGACUAGAAAGAUUUGUCCCCAAACCAACCAACUGAGCUGUAACUAGAAACAGCAAAACAUGGAACCCUUGGCAGUGGCACUCGAUCCGUUCAAGGACACCAUCGGUCUGACAGCGGCUGCCAUAACAGUGUUGCAGUUUUUUAGUGGUGUAUUCGUAUUGAACGACAUCCGGAAGAAAGGAAAUACCGAUGGUUUCUCGGCUGGCCCGUUCCUUGGUGGAACGGUGUUCUGUCUGCUGAACAUCCAGUUCGGUCAGAUGUUGCAAGAUGCUGCCAUGAUCAAGGUGAACUUCAUUGGACUGGCGUUGAAUGUGGUGUACGUGUGUGUUUUCUACCUGUACUCAGCUGGGUCGGCCAAAACCAAGGUUUGGGGACAAAUCGGGAUCGCGGGUGCCAUUGUCGUCGGAAUACUGUCGUACGUACAGUAUGAAGAUCCGAAGCUGGUCGAGUUCCGCUUCGGACUUAUCGUGACGGCAAUACUACUGCUCUUGGUCGGGAUGCCGCUGCUGGGACUGGGAGAAAUAUUGAAAAACAAGAGUACCGAGGGACUACCAUUUCCAAUUAUUUUGGCUGGUUCAAUAGUAUCUCUGGCUUGGUUACUGUAUGGAGUUGUCCUUAGAAGUAACUUUUUAGUGAUACAAAAUUUGCUUGCACUUGCGCUUGGAUUGGUUCAACUAGCCCUAUUCGCUAUCUUUCCAAGUACACCUACUAAAAGGAAAACCAAGUCGGAUAAGAAGACGAACUAAGGCAAUUCCAAUGUAUAGGACUGAUUUGUGAUGGAACGAUUCUGCAAUAUUUUUACUGUUUGACAAUAAUGUGCAACGGGACAACUGUUUUAAUGAUGCGUAGCAAUAGUAGAAAAACUAGUAUAUAAAUCGUUAAAUAUUCAUUAAGCAGAAAUAAUUCAAAUGGCUCAAAGCGUUAUCCGUUCACGAUUCCGUGAUUAUUUACAUAGUUGCAAAAAUGCAGAAAGCGAUAUACACAGCCACUUUUACGGCGUUAGUCAUUAUUGAAAUUUCAAUAAAAGUUUCGAUAUAUUAAGACAAUAAUAAAAACGUAACAAUAAAUAUGUCCAUACUAAAACAUGUUCAUAGUCAUAAGAUGCUUUUUUAAUAUUAUGAGAUGAAAUAGUUCAAUAAAAACUACAUUUUCCGAGA